UGGCGAACGCGGUUGGCGUGCGACUGAUUCGGGCUGAAAAGUGUAAAAAACGCGACAAGAAGUGCGGGUUCCUGUGUUAAAGAGGCCGUUAUUGCGGCGAUUUAAGUAAAAGAGGAGCUCGCACGAGUACAAGGUGCCAUUGCACGUGAAAAUAAUUAUCUGUCACAUUCAGCCCGUCCUCGGCCUCGGGUUUUGGACAGCCGCGCCUUCGCCAGCUGCUUUUCCGGGUCGACUAGAGAAACUAGAGAGCAGUAACAAUAGAGCGAAAUUGUGCCGGAGAUAACGGUUCAGAUUCCCCAUUCAUCUUUGUUCAGGGUGAGUGAAGAUUGAAAUGUAAAACGAAAUGGUUGUGAUUGGAUUGAUGUUCAACUUGUACGACUUUGGAUCAACAAUAAAGACCCCGAGUACCACCAGCGAUUUAAUCGGCAGCAGUGUAAUUUAUACAGUGGAAAAUCAAUAUAGAUCAACGUUAACGCAUAAAUAAAGUCUUCUUCAUUUAACCGGCAAGUUUAAAUCUGUUCGCUCAUUUUAUUCCGAAGCCAAGGCUGACUACGAAUAACUUCCAUUAUAUUUUUUUCAUCGACUUCCAAAAUUAAAUCGACAGCUCAUUAAUUGAUUGAUUCGUUGUUAAAGUAAUAAUAGUAAUAAUAAUAAUAAUAAUUAAUAAUAAUAAUAACAAAUAAUAAUAUAAUAAUAAAAGAACACAAGUUAUGGCAACGAUGGCUGGCGGCGAGUAUACUUCUGUAAAAGAUUUUUAUAUGGGAAGAUCAAUAUUUAUAACAGGAGGCACUGGUUUUAUGGGAAAAGUACUUGUGGAAAAAUUACUGAGAUCAUGCUCUGGGAUAAAAAAUAUUUAUUUACUUAUGCGACCUAAAAAAGGACAGAAUGUCCAAGAAAGGCUGCAAGAACUUCUCAAUGCACCGCUAUUCGAUAAACUGCGUCGUGAUAGUCCACAUGAAUUGGCGAAGAUAGUACCAAUAGCUGGUGACGUGACUGAACCAGAACUUGGAAUAUCAGCAGCUGAUCGUGAAACAUUAAUAAGAGAUGUAUCGAUUGUAUUUCAUUCAGCAGCAACCGUUAAAUUUGACGAAGCACUCAAUCUUUCGGUCAUGAUCAAUAUGUUGGGCAGCCAACAACUGGUACAUCUCUGUCAUCGAAUGGAUAAUUUAGAGGCGCUUAUUCACGUGUCAACGGCAUACUGCAAUUGUGACCGCACUGAAGUCGAGGAAGUUAUUUAUCCACCGCCUCAGGAUCCAGAGCAAGUCAUAAACUGCACCAAGUACAUAAAUGACAAACUAGUCGAGGAAUUAACGCCAAAGUUAAUUGAAGGUCGACCAAAUACUUACACGUUCACCAAAGCACUUGCAGAGACUAUGUUGCAAGACGGUUGCGGUUCAUUGCCGGUCGCAAUUGUCAGACCAUCAAUAGUCCUGUCAUCGUUACGAGAACCGAUGGCUGGAUGGGUCGACAAUUUGAACGGUCCCACUGGGAUUAUCGCCGCUGCUGGCAAAGGAUUUUUUAGAACGAUGUUGUGUCACGAAGAGAAGGUAGCAGACUUUGUACCAGUAGACAUAGUGAUAAAUUUGAUGAUAUGCGCGGCCUGGAAAACUGCAACACACCGUACCGACACAAUAACAGUGUACAAUUGUUGUACCGGUCAACAAAACCCAAUAACAUGGAAAGAAUUUAUUGAUUUGUCAUUUAAAUAUAGCAGAAUACACCCAGCGCGAGAUGCUGUAUGGUAUCCGGGUGGUAGUUGCCAAAAGUACUCAUAUUUGAACAAAAUAUUCAUAACAUUUCAGCACAUAUUACCCGCACAUAUUCUCGAUCUGAUUGCUCGAUUGAGAGGUACUAAGCCAAUAAUGUUACGUGUACAGGCUAAAUUGACAAAAGCCGCAACUUGCCUCGAGUAUUUCACAACACAGCAGUGGAAUUUUAAGGACGACAAUGUACGGAGACUUAAUCAACAACUUACUCCUGAAGAUCGUAGUAUUUUUAUGUUCGACGUCAGGCAAAUCGAUUGGCCUUCUUAUUUGGAAAAUUAUAUUAUUGGUAUAAGACAGUUUAUACUAAAAGAGAGUCCGGAGACACUGCCAGCAGCGCGUUCACAUAUUAUGAGAUUAUAUUGGCUUCAAAAGGUGAUACAAAUAAGCUUAGUAGCAUUUGUACUACGUCUUCUUCUGUCCCGUAGCUCAAUAGCAAGAUCCACGUGGUUCAUGCUUCUAUCAAUAGUACUCCGUAUGUGCCGCAUGAUUGUUUGACGUCUCAGAGCCAAAUUUACCAUUUUACACAGUAAUGUUAUUAAUGCAAAAAUGCAAAAGCCAACAGAGGAGCUUAGUUGCAAGGUGCGAAUUGUCCUUCGACCUUCUUCAUCACCAGCAUCAUCAACAUUAUCAGCAUCGACAUUAACAUCAACAUCAUUAUCAUCAUCAUCUCCAUUAUUAUCAUUACCGCAGCUCAGUAUCCCCGACGACGACGGCGCUAUCAUUUCGCUCCCAAACGUUGGCCUUUUUAACGUUUGUAUUUGUUCAUAAAUUAGCAUAUAAUCGCUGGACACGCGAUUUUGUCAGCCGUUUAAAUUUGUUAAAAUAAUUUGUCUGCUACCGAUUGAGUGAUGGCAUCAAUUACUAAGCAGCAGCCAUUUAAUAAUAUAUUAAUUAACAAUUUAUUUAAAAUAAUAAUAAUAAUAAUAAUAAUAAUAAGAUUAAUAAUAAUAUUAAAAAUAAUAAUAAUAAUAAUAAUUAUAAUGAUAAUGAUAAUAAAAAUAAUAAUAAUAAAUGGAAUUGUACUUUCGUUUAAAUUUAUCCACAUUUUGAUUGUUAUAAUAAAUAAUAACGGACAAGUUAAAUGUCACGUUCAAUUUGUGAUAAAUAUAUCUAACGAAAAGUGUUUUAAUUGCUGCUUGUAUAGACUAGAACAAUAUAAAUAUAAAUAACGGACACAUCUUUAAAUCCGUUUGCCACCGCUUGAUUCGGUAUCCGACAUAUUUUUUAAUAAAAUUUAUCAGAUUUAUUUAUUUAUAUUUUUGUUUUUAUUUCCUGUUACUUUUUGUAAGAUACCUAGAUUGAUAUUUGUUACAACCCUCAAUAAAAAUUAAUUAACUUUUAAAUUUUAAAUUAGUUAUUUAACAACUGCCACUCUGCGGACAGAUUUAUUGCAGAGCACAUUUUUAAUAAUUAUAAUAAUAGACAUAUUAAAAAAAACUAUAGAUAUUGAAAUACAGAGUAAUCAAUUAUUUAUUA